CUUAUGCAGGCUUUUGUUGCUCUAUGAGCGAUCAUGAGGUGUAAAGAAAGAGCAGUGGAAAGCGGUUGGAGUGUGUGGGUGUGUUGUUGGAAGGGAGGUCGCUCACACACACACACACACACACACAGACAGGUUUAGGAAAGCAUGGCACAGGGACACAGAGGCUUCGAUCUUCUGCUGCCUGAGGAGAAAGGAGGAACACUGUAUGUGUUGAUGCUGCUCUCCAUCUUCCCUCUCUACUGCUGGUUUCGUGGAGGAGAGAGCAGAGAGGAAGAGAUCGAAAUUUCCUCUGUUUGCCAUCGACCUGAAGGUCUGGAAGUGCUACAGGAAGAGACCAGAUUCAGCAAGACAGAGCUGCAGUUCCUCUACAGGGCCUUCAAAAAUGAAUGUCCCAGUGGAGUGGUGAACGAGGACAUCUUUAAACUUAUUUACUCUCAGUUCUUCCCACAGGGAGAUUCAACCAAUUAUGCACAUUUCCUAUUCGAGGCAUUUGAUACUAACAAGAAUGGCUGUUUGAGUUUUCAGGAGUUUGUUGCUGGACUGUCACUCAUCCUUAGAGGCUCAAUGUAUGACCGGCUAAAUUGGGCAUUUAAUUUCUAUGACAAUGAUAAAGAUGGAUUCAUCACAAAAGAGGAGAUGACAAAAAUCAUGAAGUCGAUUUAUGAUAUGAUGGGGAAGUACGUGUAUCCAUCCAUGCAUGAUGAUAUUCCCAGAGAACAUGUGGAACACUUCUUUCAGAAAAUGGACAGAAACCGUGAUGGAGUGGUCACCAUUGAGGAGUUCAUGGAGUCAUGUCAAAAGGAUGAGAAUAUCAUGCGGUCAAUGCGUCUGUUUGACAGCGUCUUUUAGGUGUUUCUGCCCGGCUGUGGAUUUCAGA